CGGGGCCGUGAAUCGGGAAGCGCGGCGGCAUAUCACUGCGCGCGGGGGAGUGUGCUGUGAGGCGGCCCGGCCUGGUCCGUCGACUCCCGCUCUCGUUCCCCUUCGCCGUCGUUCUCCUCCUGCCGCCGCCGCCGCCGCCAUGAAGUUCGUCUACAAGGAGGAGCACCCCUUCGAGAAGCGCCGCUCCGAGGGCGAGAAGAUCCGCAAGAAGUACCCGGAUCGAGUCCCGGUCAUUGUCGAAAAGGCGCCCAAGGCCCGGAUAGGUGACCUGGACAAGAAGAAGUAUCUCGUCCCUUCAGACCUCACAGUUGGGCAGUUUUACUUCCUGAUUCGGAAAAGGAUCCACCUUAGAGCCGAGGACGCACUCUUCUUUUUCGUGAACAAUGUCAUCCCCCCAACCAGUGCCACCAUGGGACAGCUUUACCAGGAACAUCACGAGGAGGAUUUCUUCCUUUACAUUGCCUACAGUGAUGAAAGCGUCUACGGCAGCAUGUAAGGCCUGCCUCCACCUGCCUCCACCACCACCACCGGGGCGGCACGUGCUCCUGAAGGGACCUGCACUUUUUGUUGUUUGUUGUUGAUUUUAUGUUCAAGAGCCUUUUGUCCCAGGACUGGGGAGGAUUGUGGGGUUUUUUUUCUUCUUUCUGGAGUGCCGCACUCCCAUCCCUUUAACGCCCCCCCCCUUCUGUUAUGAUUACUCUUUCCCUUAACCCCCCUGCUCUGCCCUGGGCUUUCUGUUGAAGUGGUUGUGAGAUUGCGGCUACAUGAAAAUACCUCUUCUCCUGCAUUCUUUUUGGUCUCCCCACCCCAUUUUUCACUUUUUUUUUCUUGGAAGGGGUUAGGGGUCUUAAAUUCUCAACAACAAAAAAAUGUCCUCCCCUGUUUCAGAUUCUCAGCUCCACUACCAGGCCCUGAAUUUGCUCUUAUCCGAGGGUUCUGCUCUGCCUGGCACCUUCUGUAACCAGAGCAGGGGAUGGCGAAUGCUAAUAAUAAUUAAAAAAAAAAACUUAAGAAGAAA